AAAGGGCCUGAGUCCGAGCGGAGUGAGGUGAGAGGGAAGGAAAUGAAGUUCAACGUGAAGGCUUGGAGCGGCGGCGCUCGUGUCGGAGCACUGGAGAUUGGAAGUUGUCCGAAUCCUAUAGAGACGCCUGCUCUUCUCCUAUCUACUCGUAAAGGCCUCCCUCACUUCAUCUCACCCGACCAUCUCUCUUCUCUCCCUUCCCCUGAUUGCCGUCUCCUUCAAGUUUCUCCUCUUCACUUUAACCUAUCCCAGGUAUGCUUUUGCAGUUUGGAAGGACUUCCCACAAAAACUAUAUCAAAAAUUGGGGGCCUCCAUCGAAUGCUCAGUUUGCAUGAAUAUGCAAUUGCAGCUGUAGUUAGAGAUUCUAUUACUAGUCUUCCUGAGGCUAUUGGAAGUACCAAACUUGGAGCAUCUUUUGAGACUCCUUGUGGCCGUCUCUUGAUUAAACCCAAAGAUUAUAUGGAGAUGAUUUCACAUAUGAGGCCAAACAUGUGGGUUGCUUUGGCUGAUGAAGUACCUGCUUGGGUAUCAGAUAAAAGGAACAAAACCUCAGUAGAUCGAACUGUCAGAUGGCUUGAUGACUGCCUUGCAUUGAAUCCGGCAGGUGGAUGUGCCUUUGGCGCCAUUGUUGGAGGUUCAUGUUUGGAAGAACGGAAGCGUUGUGCAGAGGAGGUAGCCAGGCGAAAUGUAUCAGGUUAUUGGAUUGGGGGCUUUGGGCUUGGAGAGGGCAUUGAUGAACGACCUCCUCUUCUUACUACUAUCAUGGAUAUUUUGCCAGAUAAUAAGCCACGGAUGGUCUGUGGGCUUGGAUUUCCAGAGGAGGUCUUGCAAGGAGUGGCGGCCGGAAUUGAUUUUUUUGACUCAACGUACAUAUAUACCCUCACGCUUGGAGGAUUUGCACUUACCUUUCCACUGGACAAAAACGGGAUUCAAUAUAAUCUGCAGCGGAGUCAAAUAGGAAGUGACUCGACCAAAAUUAAUUUGAGAGCGACUGUUUAUAGGAAAGACUUGUCUCCCAUUCUUGGAAAUUGCAGCUGCUAUACAUGCCAGAACCAUACAAAAGCAUACGUCAAUCACCUACUCAAUGUUCACGAAAUGCUGGCACAAAUCCUACUAGAAAUCCACAAUACACAUCACUAUUUGAUGUUCUUUCGUCUAAUAAGGGAAACAAUCAAAGAAGGAAGCUUUGAACAAUUUCGACAAACAUUCAUCGAGAGCAGGCGCAGCCAUUUGAAAGGGGAAGCUGUUCCUGCUUAGUGCAGCCAAAUUUUGGAAGGAUUUUACUUUAGGGUUUAUGCUUAAUCUAGUGAGGAUGUCAUGCAUGACAAGGAGUUUAAGAAAUGAGCUCUAUUAUAUUUAUAUAUAGAUUUGGUGUGCUUUUGUGGAAACUAAACAGCAAAAUUGUAUAUUAUAUGGCUAUAUUGGGCCUGUCCAUUUUUUGCUUUGAAAUAUUAUUUUGUAAUGUAAUUUUUUAAAAUUCUUGUUUAAAACAAAUCAAAAAAAAAGCUGUUUGAUUAUUUUAUUUGAAAA